CCAGUGAGAGUGUCUCCAUCAUGAGGCUGGUGUGGAAGUCCCUGGACAAGAUGAGGUGUUUCCGUAAACGCUCCACCAUCCCCUUCCUGGGGGUCCUGAUCACAUGUCUACUCUUCCUCAAUCUGUACAUUGAGGAUGGAUAUGUGCUGGAGGAGGAUAAAAGACAACUGAGAGAAACAUCAAUGCAUCCUUCAAACUCUGAGAGAUAUGUUCACACCUUUAGAGAUCUCACAAAUGGAACCAUAAACGUCACAUAUCGUUACCUUGCUGGGACCCCUUUGCCUCGAAAGAAAUAUCUAACCAUUGGGUUGUCGUCCGUCAAAAGAAAAAGAGGGAAUUACCUCAUGGAGACGAUCAAAUCCAUUUUUGACCAGUCCAGUUAUGAGGAACUGAAAGAGAUUGUGGUUGUGGUCCAUCUGGCAGACUUUGACCUGGCCUGGUGUGAAAACCUGGUGCAGGACAUCUCCAGGAAGUUUGCCCACCACAUCAUCGCUGGGCAUCUCUUGGUGAUCCAUGCCCCUGAGGAGUAUUAUCCAUCACUGAAUGGGCUGAAAAGGAACUACAAUGACCCAGAUGACAGGGUACGCUUCCGCUCCAAGCAGAACGUGGACUACGCCUUCCUCCUCAACUUCUGCACCAACCUCUCUGAUUUUUACAUGAUGCUGGAGGACGAUGUGCUCUGCUCACGGAACUUCUUAACAUCCCUGAAGAAGGUGGUCACCUCCAGGGAAGGCUCCUACUGGGUGAUGCUGGAGUUCUCCAAGCUUGGCUACAUAGGGAAGCUCUACCACUCAAGAGACCUUCCGCGCCUGGCCCACUUCCUGCUCAUGUUCUACCAGGAGAUGCCCUGUGAUUGGCUCCUUAUUCACUUCCGGGGCCUGCUGGCCCAGAAAGAUGUGAUCCGCUUCAAGCCCUCUCUAUUCCAGCACAUGGGCUACUACUCAUCAUAUAAGGGAGCAGAGAACAAGUUGAAGGAUGAUGACUUUGAAGAGGACUCUAUUGACGUCCCUGACAACCCUCCUGCCACCCUAUACACAAACAUUCAUGUAUUUGAAAACUAUGACGCCACCAAGGCUUAUAGCAGUGUGGAUGAAUACUUUUGGGGGAAACCUCCCUCUACCGGAGACUUCUUUGUCAUAGUUUUUAACAAAUCAACUAAAAUAAGCAAAAUCAAAAUCUUGACAGGAACAGAUGAUCGUCAGAAUGAUAUCCUGCACCAUGGAGCUCUGGAAGUAGGAGAGAAGCUGGUGGGGACAAAGAGAGGAAGGCAGUGUUCUUCCUACAUCACAUUAGGGGAGUUUAAAAAUGGCCACAUUGAGGUCCAAGACGUGGACCACAAGAUUGCCUUUGCCAUUGAGUGUGUUCGUAUUGUGGUGACUGCCAGUCAGAAAGAAUGGCUGAUUAUUAGGAGUAUAAGCUUGUGGACUACACAACCACCCAGUCAAUGAGGACAA